CGGCCUAAUGACCAAAGGCAACGGAUAAACGAACUUUUACCGCAUUUCAUUUUCCAACUUGCAACUCAUCUGACGGUUUUCGUGCGUGUGUGUUGUGUGUGUGUGUGCGACUCACGGUAAGGUGUCACGGAAAACCGUUCGAAAGGGAUUAGGCCGUGUACCACAACAUCAUCAUUCGUGCGUGUUCGUCCUGCAGAGAGAGAGAGAGAGAGAGAAAAAAACGAAAACGAUAGUGCAAACCAACGUGAACCAAGUGGAAGUGCAUGUUAUUAAAGCUUCAAACAGUAUAAGUUGUUAUAUAAAUUAACUAUAAAACUAAGUGUGUAACGUAACCGAAGGUGAUCAAAACAGGAAAGUUAUAUAUAGUAGUGAAUAAGCGCAGCUGAAAAAUGUCGCAACAACUUCCGAUACGCUUUCAAGAGCAUUUACAGCUCACCAACAUCAACAUCAAUGCGAGCUCGAUCUCGUUCACCAAUCUGACGAUGGAGUCGGAUAAGUUCAUCUGCGUGCGGGAGAAGGUGGGUGAGACGGCGCAGGUCGUGAUCAUCGACAUGAACGACGCACAGAACCCGAUCCGGCGGCCGAUCAGCGCGGAUUCGGCCAUCAUGAACCCGGCGAGCAAAGUGAUCGCACUGAAGGCGCAGAAGACGCUGCAGAUCUUCAACAUCGAGAUGAAAUCGAAGAUGAAGGCGCACACGAUGACGGAGGAGGUGGUGUUCUGGAAGUGGAUCACCCUCAACACGCUGUCCCUGGUGACGGAAACGUCCGUGUACCACUGGUCGAUGGAGGGUGACUCGACGCCGAUCAAGAUGUUCGAGCGCCACUCGUCCCUGAACGGCUGUCAAAUCAUCAACUAUCGCACCGAUCCAAAGCAAGCUUGGCUGCUGCUAGUUGGUAUUUCGGCUCAGCAGAACCGUGUGAUUGGCGCGAUGCAGCUGUACUCGGUGGAGCGCAAGGUGUCGCAGGCGAUCGAGGGUCACGCGGCCUCGUUUGCCACCUUCAAGAUGGAGGAAAACAAGGAAUUGUCGACACUGUUUUGUUUCGCCGUCCGGUCGCAAACGGCAGCUAAGCUGCACAUAAUCGAGGUCGGUACUCCGCCGGCCGGUAACGUGGCGUUCACGAAGAAGGCGGUCGAUGUGUUCUUCCCGCCGGAAGCGCAAAGCGAUUUCCCCGUUGCGAUGCAAGUUUCGCCUCGGUACGAUGUGAUCUACCUGAUCACCAAGUACGGCUACAUCCACAUGUACGACAUCGAGACGGCGACCUGCAUCUACAUGAACCGCAUCUCGGGCGAUACGAUCUUCGUGACAGCGCCGCAUGAAUCGAGCGGUGGCAUCAUCGGUGUGAACCGCAAGGGCCAGGUGCUGUCGGUGACGGUCGACGAGGAGCAGAUCAUCCCGUACAUCAAUACCGUCCUGCAGAACCCCGAUCUGGCGUUGCGCAUGGCCGUGCGAAACAAUCUGUCCGGCGCGGAGGAUCUGUUUGUCCGCAAGUUCAAUCAACUGUUCCAGAAUGGACAAUUUGCGGAAGCGGCAAAGGUGGCCGCCAUCGCACCGAAGGGCAUUCUCCGAACGCCGCAAACGAUCCAAAAGUUCCAGCAGGUGCCGGCCCAGCCGGGAACGAACUCACCGCCCCUGCUGCAGUAUUUCGGCAUUCUGCUCGAUCAGGGCAAGCUGAACAAGUACGAAUCGCUCGAACUGUGCCGCCCGGUACUGGCGCAGGGCCGCAAGCAGCUGUGCGAGAAGUGGCUGAAGGAGGAGAAGCUCGAGUGCAGCGAAGAGCUUGGCGAUCUGGUGAAACCAUCCGAUCCGACACUCGCCCUAUCGAUCUAUCUGCGCUCGAACGUGCCGAACAAGGUGAUCCAGUGUUUCGCCGAAACGGGCCAGUUCCAGAAAAUUGUGCUGUACGCGAAGAAGGUCAACUACAGCCCGGACUACGUGUUCCUGCUGCGGUCGGUGAUGCGCACGAAUCCGGAGCAGGGCUCCGGGUUUGCGAGCAUGCUGGUAGCGGACGAGGAACCGCUGGCCGACAUCAACCAGAUCGUGGAUAUCUUCAUGGAGCAGAACAUGGUACAGCAGUGUACCGCGUUCCUGCUCGAUGCGCUCAAGAACAAUCGGCCCGCGGAAGGUGCGCUGCAGACGCGCCUGCUUGAAAUGAACCUCAUGUCGGCGCCUCAGGUCGCGGAUGCCAUUCUCGGCAACGCCAUGUUCACGCACUACGAUCGCGCCCACAUUGCGCAGCUGUGCGAGAAGGCAGGCUUGCUGCAGCGCGCCCUGGAACACUACACCGACCUGUACGACAUUAAGCGGGCGGUCGUGCACACGCAGCUGCUGAACGGUGAUUGGCUGGUAGGAUUCUUUGGCACCCUCUCGGUGGAGGAUUCGCUCGAGUGUCUGAAGGCGAUGCUGACGGCAAACAUUCGUCAGAAUCUGCAGAUUUGCGUCCAGAUUGCGACCAAGUACCAUGAGCAGCUGACCACUAAAGCGCUGAUCGAUCUGUUCGAGAGUUUCAAGAGCUACGAAGGGCUGUUCUAUUUCCUGGGGUCGAUCGUCAACUUCAGUCAGGAUCCGGAGGUGCACUUCAAGUACAUCCAGGCCGCCUGCAAGACCAACCAGAUCAAGGAGGUGGAGCGUAUCUGCCGCGAAUCGAACUGCUACAAUGCGGAGCGCGUGAAGAACUUCCUGAAGGAGGCCAAGCUCACCGAUCAGCUGCCGCUGAUCAUCGUGUGCGAUCGGUUCGAUUUCGUGCACGAUCUGGUGCUCUACCUGUACCGCAACAGUCUCCAGAAGUACAUCGAGAUCUACGUGCAGAAGGUGAACCCGUCGCGUUUGCCGGUGGUUGUGGGCGGUUUGCUGGACGUCGACUGCUCGGAGGACAUUAUCAAAAAUCUGAUCCUGGUGGUGAAAGGGCAGUUCUCCACGGACGAGCUGGUCGAGGAGGUGGAGAAGCGUAACCGGCUGAAGUUGUUGCUGCCGUGGCUGGAGUCGCGUGUGCACGAAGGAUGCGUUGAGCCGGCGACUCACAAUGCGCUCGCCAAGAUCUACAUCGAUUCGAACAACAACCCGGAGCGCUUCCUGAAGGAGAAUCAGUUCUACGAUAGCCGAGUGGUGGGACGCUACUGCGAGAAGCGCGAUCCGCACCUGGCUUGCGUUGCGUACGAGCGGGGCCAGUGUGACCGUGAGCUGAUUGCCGUUUGCAAUGAAAAUUCGCUGUUCAAAUCGGAAGCUCGCUAUCUGGUGCGUCGUCGCGAUGCGGAGCUGUGGGCGGAAGUGCUCUCGGAGGCCAAUCCUUACAAGCGCCAACUGAUCGACCAGGUUGUCCAGACGGCGCUGUCCGAGACGCAAGACCCGGAUGACAUUUCCGUGACGGUGAAGGCGUUCAUGACGGCCGACUUGCCGAACGAGCUGAUCGAGCUGCUGGAGAAGAUUGUGCUCGAUUCGUCCGUCUUUUCCGACCACCGCAAUCUGCAGAAUCUGCUCAUUUUGACGGCGAUCAAGGCGGAUCGAAGCCGCGUGAUGGAUUACAUCAAUCGGCUGGACAACUACGACGCGCCCGACAUCGCCAACAUUGCGAUCAACAACGAGCUGUACGAGGAGGCGUUUGCGAUAUUCAAAAAGUUCGACGUCAACACUUCGGCCAUCCAGGUGCUGAUCGAGCAGGUGAACAAUCUGGAGCGGGCGAACGAGUUUGCCGAGCGCUGCAACGAGCCGGCCGUCUGGUCGCAGCUGGCCCGCGCUCAGCUGCAGCAGGGCCUGGUAAAGGAGGCGAUCGAUAGCUACAUCAAGGCGGACGAUCCGAGCGCGUACAUCGAUGUGGUCGAAACGGCGAGCAAGAACGAUUCGUGGGAGGAUCUGGUGCGCUAUCUGCAGAUGGCGCGCAAGAAGGCCCGCGAGAGCUAUAUCGAGAGUGAGCUAAUCUACGCGUACGCACGCACCGGCCGGUUGGCAGAUCUGGAGGAGUUUGUGUCUGGACCGAAUCAUGCCGACAUUCAGAAGAUCGGCGACCGCUGUUUCAACGAUCGCAUGUACGAAGCGGCCAAGCUGCUGUACAACAAUGUCAGCAACUUUGCGCGGCUGGCCAUCACGCUGGUGCAUCUGCGCGAGUUCCAGGGUGCGGUGGAUGGGGCGCGCAAAGCCAACUCCACCCGCACCUGGAAGGAGGUGUGCUUUGCCUGUGUCGACGCGGAAGAGUUCCGGCUGGCGCAGAUGUGCGGCCUUCACAUUGUGGUGCACGCGGACGAGCUGGAAGAUCUGAUCAACUACUACCAGGAUCGGGGCUACUUCGAGGAGCUGAUCGGGCUGCUCGAGGCCGCCCUCGGGCUGGAGCGUGCCCACAUGGGUAUGUUCACCGAGUUGGCCAUUCUUUACUCCAAGUACAAGCCGGCCAAGAUGCGCGAGCAUCUCGAGCUGUUCUGGUCGCGCGUCAACAUUCCGAAAGUAUUGCGUGCGGCCGAACAGGCGCACCUGUGGUCCGAGCUCGUGUUCCUGUACGACAAGUACGAGGAGUACGAUAAUGCCGUGCUGGCGAUGAUGGCGCAUCCGUCCGAGGCAUGGCGCGAAGGUCAUUUCAAGGACAUUAUCACCAAGGUGGCCAACAUCGAGCUGUACUACAAAGCGAUACAGUUCUAUCUCGACUACAAGCCGCUGCUGCUGAACGACAUGCUGCUAGUGCUGGCGCCCCGCAUGGACCAUACGCGCGCGGUCAGCUUCUUCACGAAGCAGGGCCAUCUGCAGCUGGUCAAGACGUAUCUGCGCUCGGUGCAGAGCCUGAACAAUAAGGCAAUUAACGAAGCGCUGAACGGGCUGCUGAUCGAUGAGGAGGACUACCAGGGACUGCGGACGUCCAUCGACGCGUUCGACAACUUUGACAACAUUGCGCUGGCGCAGAAGCUCGAAAAGCACGAGCUCACGGAGUUCCGCCGCAUUGCCGCGUACCUGUACAAAGGAAACAACCGUUGGAAGCAGAGUGUGGAACUGUGCAAAAAGGAUCGCCUGUUCAAGGACGCGAUGGAGUACGCGGCCGAAUCGCACCAGGGUGAACUGGCGGAAGAGUUGCUCGGAUGGUUCCUGGAGCGGGGCGCAUACGAUUGCUUCGCGGCAUGCCUAUUCCAGUGCUACGAUUUGCUGCGGCCCGACGUAAUAUUGGAGCUCGCAUGGCGCCACAACAUCAUGGACUUUGCUAUGCCUUACAUCAUUCAGGUGACGAGAGAAUAUACCUCCAAGGUGGACAAACUCGAGGCGUCCGAUGCCGAGCGACAGAAGGAGGGCGAAAGCACGGAACACAAAUCCAUCAUCAUACCCGAACCGCAGCUCAUGCUGACCGCUGGCCCCGGUAUCGGCAUGCCCCAGUAUGCACCACAGUACGCGGGCGCGUACGUGCCACCGCAACCAAAUAUGACCCCAUACCAGUACGGUGGUUUUAACUAAGGAAAGGUUCGAACGAGCGUAAAUUGCACCGCAACACAGAUCGGGAUGUGGGAUGUGAGUGAUGCGCGAGAGACGUAGGAUUCUACCUAGCUUCUUCUAGUGGCAGAACGUACCAACGUCAACGGAUCGUGAUGGCCAAACUGCUCUGGUCUCGCCGUACAGUUGAACCCAAUGUUGGACGACAUCACCGGUUUUCGUUGUUGUAGAGCGUCGUAAGUGAUGCUGUUUUAUUUAUUUGUUGCUGCUGGUAUACGCAUAUAUACUGUAUGUUUAAAGCAUUGUUUGAACAGAGCAGGAAGAUAAAUUAUCCAAACGAAAAGAACACCCGUGGUAGCAAAAAGUUUAACAAUAAUAAUGAAAAUUCCGAGUAUUUGCAGCAUUAUGAAGUAGAAAUUCACCUAAACAAAAACAAACAAACAAUCGUUAUCAUUUAUCUUACUGGUUCACUAAGAGAAUGAAAAAAACAAAAGCAAAUAGAUGCAGAAGAAAACACAGAUGAAUAUAUAUAUGUAUACAUACAUGAAUACAUUGCGCCCUGCAGUAAAGAUAAAGAAACCAGAGUGUGUGUGUGUGUGUGUAAAUAUGCAUGAAAUAUGCAGAACCGCUGCUGCUCAUCUUCCUUGUUAUCGUUGUGUAAAAUUUAUCUUACCAAACAAAGCUCGUACCAGAGAGGAGCGACGCAGAAGAAAUUAAUAACAAAUUAACACGAAGCGAAAUUGACAGCCUAGAUGCGUACACGUGGUGCGAUCGUCGUAUUGGUGGGCACAACACAGAAAGGGGAACAGAAAUGUAUUCCUAAGUAGUAGAAGCCAUCCCCGAAUGAGUAGAGUACGACGUUCCCCUUCACUCGCUUGCGGUUUAAUGUAGCAGAGUAAAAUGCAGUAUUUCGUUUGGUUUUUACACUUGCGCGCUGUGCCCAAUCGAACAAACUCCUUUCUAACGGAAAAUACAAAAACAGUGCACUAUUUGCAUAUCUGCAGGCGUUCGAACGCUCGUCCGGUCGAUCAACUUUAUUGGGUUGCGCGGACGGAUAUUUCCAUCCUUUUUGCUGUUGGCACGCGCUUUUCGUUUCCACGGUGAAUGAACUGGGGAGAAGACGUUGUUUCUAAAAUAUAUAUAUAUUUAAAUUUGCUUCACAGUGCAAAGUGCUGCUGCUGCUACUACACUUAUCGUACAUCAAAUCAUUCCUUUAAGCGUACUGAAAUGAGUUGCAAUGUAAUCUUGGUUUAAGACCUUUUUUUGGUGGAUUUUGAAUGCCGAUUGUUGUUUUUUUUCCCAACAACAACCUUUCCAGCUUUAGGUUUUUGGUUCGUUUUACCCCUUCUCAUACGCUUAUCCUUGUUUGCACAAACAGAACGGACGACUCUGGAUAAAGGACGAACGCCAAUCGUGUCCCGGUUUAUGCAACCUUAAUGCUUUACAAAUAUUUUACUGCGUUACUACGAACAGACAGCAUAGUUAAAAUGGGCGAUGAGAGAUACAAUAGUAGUAGGUAGAGUGCAUUACAAACCCACUACACCCACUACAAGAUGUUUAGAUUUAUAUGUUUCACACACAGACACACAAACAAAAGAAAAUACGUAUACAUAUAUGAAUAUAAAUAUGCUAUAAAUAUAUGCAUGAACCGAUGAUGCGCGCAGUGUAACACACACGCCCUACUGAAA